AUGGCUCACACCACUACUUCUGUCCAUCACCACAGAAGUACCACAAAAGUGGACCACAAACCCUUCAAGUCGCGGUUUGCCUCCAAGAGCGCCUUGAAGGACCAGGCAAAAGGCAAGGUCGAGAGCCAACGGGCAGACAAAGGCCAGAGAAAGACUCCCCACCAGCAGGUCAUGUCGAAAUUGGCCCGACGCAACCAAGCCAAGCAACUGCGCAUGCACCACAAGGACAAGAGGGAGGGGGAAGAGAUCAUAUUCCAAGGUGUCGAUGGAGCAGCAAAGCACAUUGCAGUCGUGCCGCUUUCGAGUGACAUCGACCCAUACUCGGCCAUCAGAACUCUGAAUGAAAGUGUCGACGUCUCGGAUUCCAAUGUCUCCUCUGGCACCGUCCCUGUUCGGGUGGACCGCUUCCGCCGCAACCUCCUCUAUCUGCCCGCUAAAUUUGACCUGCUGAACGCCCUGGACAUUUGCAAACUUGCGGAUUGGGUGAUUUUCGUUCUGGACGCGGAGCAAAAGUACGGCGAAGAGGAGGAUCUGUUUCUGAGAGCGCUCGAGGGUCAAGGCAUCACCAAUGUCACUGCCGUCGUGCACAACCUGGACCAGAGGGUGCCCGCCCCAAAGAGAAUGCGACAUUUAACAGAGAUGAAUAUUGCUCUGGGCCGCUAUUUCCCGGCCCUGGACAAGUUGUCCAGCCUGGACAGCAAGUCGGACUGCUCGAACCUGGUGCGGCGGAUAUGUACUGCUUCGACACGAGGGAUCCGGUGGCGGGAUGAGAGGAGCUGGAUGUUGAUCGAGCAGGCCAAUUGGGGUUCGCCGGUGGACGAAACAGCAGCGACCACCAACGUGACGCUCCUCGGGACGAUUCGAGGGAAAGCACUGAACCCGGAUCGCUUGGUGCAUGUCCCAGGCUGGGGAGAUUUCCAGAUUGCCUCGAUCCGCCAGGUGCCUCGCCUGUGCCAAAAGAGAAAGGCCGAGCAGAUGGACGCCGAUGAGCCCAUCCAGGAGUGGAAGCCCACGGCAGACCAGGACGAUCUCGCAGAGCUGGCACCCGAAGAAGCCGAUAUGCAAGAUGCGGCAAGCACCGUGGCCACCACGGAGCACAAGGGAGUCCUGCUCGACGACCAUCACUAUUUCUCCGACGACAACUCUCACAUGCCUCCUCCGCCCAAGAAGCUCCCUCCGGGAACAUCGAACUACCAAGCAGCCUGGUUCCUCGACGACGUCUCGGACUCAGAAUCCGACAUGAGCGACGACGAAGACCGGGACGGUGACGUCGCCAUGGACGCAGAGCAAGCCUCGCUACACGCGGAAGAUGGUGGCGGGAUGGUUCUCACCAACGCCGAGGACGGCGGCAGCAUGAUCGGAGGGAGAGCGCCCUCGGAAUAUCCCCAAUCAGAGAUGAACAUCGACGACGAAACCGAGGACAACGACGCGCCCCUUGAGGCGGAAGAAGAGGCUCGUCAGCUCGCAGAAUUCCGCGCCAGUCGCCGAAAGAAGGAAGCCGAAGAGGACCUGGAGUUCCCAGACGAGAUCGAGCUGCACCCGGACGUGCUCGCGCGCGAGCGGCUGGCGAAAUACCGCGGGUUGAAGAACCUGCGCACCAGCGAGUGGAACCACGCCGAGGACGCGCCCUACGAGCCGGCCGAGUACAAGCGCCUGCUGCAGGUGCCGGAGUACCGGAAGGCGUACAACAGCGUGGUGAAGGAGUCGUUGGCCGGGGCUGUGCUGGCCGGCACGCGAGUCGAGGUCGAACUGCGCGACGUGCCGAUCUCGCUGCGGUCGAGCAGCGGCCCUUCGUCCAUGUUCUCACUGCUGCGGCACGAGCACAAGCACGCCGUGAUCAAUCUCAACGUGACGCUGCGCUCCGACCUCGACGAACCCGUCAAGUCCAAGGACGAGCUGGUCGUGCAGAUCGGCCACCGGCGCCUGCUCAUCAACCCGGUCUUCUCCGGGGCCGGCCAGACGCCCAACGACGUCCACAAGUUCGACCGGUUCCUGCACCCCGGCCGCACGGCGAUCGCGACCUUUACAGGUCCGAUGACAUGGGGAUCUGUGCCGGUGUUGGUCUUCCAGCGACAAGCAGCCCCCAAGCAGUCAUCCGACGCCGCCACCACCACCAUCACCGCCGACAUGGAGACCGACACCACAGCACCAGCGCUCAUCGACUCCUCCCAUCAAACCCACGAAUCCACAUCCUCUUCGUCUUCCUCCGCAUCAUCACUGCGCCUAAUCGGCACCGCCACAACCCUCCCGCCGUCGUCGACGCGCGUGAUCGCCAAACGGGUCGUCCUGACCGGCCACCCGUACAAGAUCCACAAGAAGCUGGUGACGGUGCGGUACAUGUUCUUCUCGCGGGCCGAUGUGCAGUGGUUCGCGGCGCUGCCGCUGUUCACGCGCCGGGGCCGCCAGGGCUUCAUCAAGGAGCCGCUCGGCACCCACGGAUACUUCAAGGCCACCUUCGACGGCCGCGUCGGGCCCCUGGACGCCGUCGGCGUUGCCCUGUACAAGCGCGUGUGGCCGCGGCCGGCGCGGGUGUGGGAGGCCGGCGUGGAGAGGGGGUGA